CGUUUAGAAUUAAACAAAUCGUUCCUUACAGAUUAUAUGCCACAACAGUAUUCAGUGAACCGAAUAAAUUUAAAAGCAAAUUUGAUUAUUCAUAUGUUCCAGAGAUUUUGAGAGAUAUCGAAAACAAAUGGAAAAACAAAGUCGAUAAAUAUUGGAUGAAUGUUGUCGCUAAACAUCAAACAACUACCAAUACAAAGUACGUCUUGUCGAUGUUUCCAUAUCCGAGUGGGCAAUUACAUCUAGGCCAUACAAGAAUCUAUACAACAGCCGAUUUGCUUUUCAAGACCAGUUAUUUAUGUGGUGAAAAUGUGGUUAAUCCAAUGGGAUUCGAUUCUUUUGGAUUACCAGCAGAAAAUGCUGCUCGAAUCAACAAUAAAAAUCCCUUUGUUUGGACCAUUUCUAACAUCGAACAGAUGAAAAGUCAACUGAAAAAUCUUGGUUAUCAUUUUCAUUGGCGUGAAAGUACAUCCGAUCCAUCUUAUUAUCGUUGGACGCAAUGGCUUUUUACUGAACUGUUCAAAUCGGGCUUGGCAUAUCAAGGAAUUAGUCAAGUUAAUUGGGAUCCCAUCGACUGUACAGUAUUGGCCGAUGAACAAGUUGAUUCCGAAGGAAAAAGCUGGCGAAGUGGUGCUCUUGUAGAAAAAAGAUUCCAUAAACAAUGGUUUAUCAAAACAAAUGCCUUUGCUAAUGAUUUAUAUGCAGGAGAAGACAUUAUCGAUACCGGUCAUUGGAAUUUCAUUCUAGCUCAUCAAAGAUGGUGGAUACAGAAGCCAAGUGGUUAUUUAUUCUAUUUAACCAUGGAUGAGGAUAAAUCUGGUCUGGAUAAUAUUUUACAAAUAUUCACACCAUAUCCAGAAUUGUUUUGCACUUCGAAAACUUUCAUUGGAAUUUCGAAGCAACAUUGGCUUUCCAAUGGUAAAAAACAUCGUGAAAUCGUAGGACAAAUCAAAAAUCCUUUUCUUACCGAUAAAAAAAUGGAUAUCAGAUUGAUUGAAGAUGCAAAUUUUCCACCAUCAACACAAGCAACGUUAUUCAUAGCAAGAGAAAUGCAUCCAGAUGAAACAAAACGAACAGAAGUGUUGGAUCGAGCUCGUUCGAUCGGUCUCGGGGGUUAUUAUACAUCACGUUCAUAUCGAGAUUGGCUAAUUUCGCGACAACGUUUCUGGGGCACACCAAUUCCGAUUGUUCAUUGUUCGAAUUGUGGUCCGGUUCCUGUUGAUGAUCAAGACCUGCCAAUACAAUUACCCGACAUUGAAUAUUCGAAAAUAUCUAGCUAUUCGAGCAAUGAUAUUUCUAGUCCAUUGAAAAAUUUUGCACCCAAUGAUUGGCUGAAUGUUAAAUGUCCAAAAUGCAAAACGUAUGAUGCAAUACGAGAAACUGAUACUUGUGAUACAUUUUUUGAUUCAUCAUGGUAUUUUUUACGAUAUUUUACCGAACCAAGUGAUACGCAACCUUUUGACAAAAUUCGUUUGCGACCUGUCGAUUGUUAUAUUGGUGGCAAAGAACAUUCAGCAUUACAUUUAUUCUAUGCCCGUUUUAUUACACACUUUCUACGAUCAAAAGGAUAUCUCGAAUUUCGAGAACCAUUCCAUACGCUACUUAUGCAGGCCAUUGUUAAAGCACGUACAUAUAAACUGAAUGGAAAAUACCUUACCGCGGAAGAGGCGAAGGAUCGAAAAGAUGUUGAAGUUACUUUUGAAAAAAUGUCAAAAUCCAAAGGCACUGGAGUUGAUCCUGAUUUAUUGGUACAGCAAUAUAGUUCGGAUGCCGUAAGAUGGACUAUACUUUCGGUUGGAAAUCCUGAAUCUGAACGACUUUGGGACAGCGAAGAAAAAGAAUUUGGUCCAACGUUUGUAUUCUUUCAUCGAUUAUUGUUGACUAUCGAAGAAUAUUUAGCAAUUAAAAGUGGUCAAUCAAAAAUUAAACCAUUGGAUUCUCUAAAAUUUGAUGAAACUUUAAAAGAUUUCGAUCGAUCAACAGAUCAACAUGUUUUCAAUGUUUUAUAUUCGAUAUGUUCGAGUUAUCAAAUUCGAAACGGUACAUCUUCAAUACAUAAAUUGGUCAAUCUAUUACGAGCCAACAUUCGAAACAACAUUGUUCAUACUAAAGAAUAUGAACGUGCAUUAGCAUCAUUGAUAAUAAUGAUAUCACCGUUUGUUCCUUGUUUUGCUUCAGAAUGUUGGCAAGCAUUCACGAGCCAAACAAAAGAAAAUGAAUGUUCAAAAUUGUAUGGAUUCGAUUAUGACAAAAAUGUUUUCGAACAAAAAUGGCCGAAAAUAAUUGAUCCAAAUUUUUUAUACAUUGUUCGAUUUACAUAUCGAAAUGAGAAUGGUCGUGAAGAAGAGAAAAAACGUAUCAAAAUACCCUUGAAAUUAUUACAAUCAUGGUCAGAAAAAGAAAUUCGAAAUUUAUUCACAUCAAUUAAUGAAGAAAUAGAAUGGAUAGAGAUCGUAAAAAACUCUUCAAUAGUGGUGAGAUUAAAAAAUCAAUCCACAGUUAUACCGAUGCAUGAAGGAUUUGUUGAUGUUUAAUGAUCAAUAUUUUCGUUUUUGAGCACUAAUGUA